AUGGAAGAUAAAGGAAACAUGACCAAAACCAUCAACAGUUUUGUUCUCCUGGGCUUCACAACGUCCCGACCUAUCCAAGUGUUGCUGUUCUUUAUCUUUCUAUUUGCAUACAUACUGACUCUUGUGGAGAACACACUAGUCAUUGUCAUUGUUUGGACAAGUUCAAAGUUACACAAACCCAUGUAUUUCUUCCUGGGACACUUGUCUUUCCUGGAACUAUGGUAUAUUAAUGUUAUUGUGCCUAAGUUGCUACUAAUAUUCCUGAUUGAGAGCAGACAUAUUUCACUGAUUGGUUGUAUAUUCCAGCUUUAUUUUUUCCUUUUUUUGGGUUGCACAGAGUGCGCAAUGCUAGCUGUUAUGGCAUUUGAUAGAUAUGUUGCAGUCUGCCACCCUUUGCGCUAUGUCACCAUCAUGAACCAGCAUUUUUGCAUUGUUCUGGUAUCUGGCUCAUGGCUUACCGGGCUCUGUAUAUCUUUAAUUAAGAUUUACUUUAUUUCUUGUUUAAGUUUUUGUCGUUCAGGACACAUAAAUCACUUUUAUUGUGAUGUUUCACCUAUACUUAACCUGUCCUGCACAGACAUGAGGAUGGCUGAGCUUGUUGAUUUUGUCCUUGCUUUAUUUAUUCUUCUUGCCCCACUUUUGUUAACUUCGUUUUCUUACUUUUGCAUCCUGGUCACAAUACUGCGUAUUCCAACCUCAAGUGGACGCAAAAAAGCCUUUUCUACGUGUGCCUCACACUUAGCUGUGGUUGUCAUCUUUUAUGCUGCAAUUCUCUUCAUGUAUGCCAGGCCAAGUAGAGCUCAGUCAUUCAACUCCAACAAAUUGGUAUCUGUGUUCUACACAGUGAUAACCCCCUUGCUGAAUCCAAUUAUCUACUGCCUAAGGAACAAGGAUUUCAAAAAGGCUCUACUGAAAUUGGUGUAUUCAAAAGAUGGAUUUUAA